CAACCAGCACACUAGAUGGCAGUAUACACGUUCAUGCCAGUGCCGAAGCAUUGUUGACUAAGCAAAGAAAAGAGGAAGAAGAGUGUCGUAGCUAUUUGGUAUCUGGUUUAACAUGUUUUAUGUAGUAGUGAAUCUUCAACAAAUUGCUGUUUUUUUUUUAGAAGUAACAUAAUUGCGCUACGAAGCCACGUCUUAGUCUGUUAUUUACUGUAAACUCUGGAGCGUAUGGAACAUGGCAUCAGCUCUAGUCAGUUUGCCGACUCAUCCUCCUCAGGACAAGAAAAUUAUUCACAGUGACUUCAUCUCCCCCUCAAGACCUACUGAUUACGAGUUGUUGAAGCUUUGCGCUUAACAAAGGAAUAUACCAGAACAUUAAUAAAAAGGAAAAUGCUGUUCUAGUAGGAUGAUCAAAAGCCAGGACCAAGAUGAAUUUAUUGCGGUCCGCGUUCAAGACCCUCGCGUUCAAAAUGAGGGUUCAUGGAACUCCUACGUGGACUUCAAAAUAUUCCUCCAUACCAACAGCAAGGCCUUCACCGCUAAGACCUCCUGUGUGCGUCGGCGCUACAGCGAGUUUGUGUGGCUGAGAAAUAAGUUGCAGAAGAAUUCUGGCCUGGUGCCUGUCCCGGAACUGCCAAGCAAGUCUUUCUUCUUUUCGUUCAAUAAUGAGGAUUUCAUUGAGAAGAGAAGGAAGGGGCUCCAGUGCUUCCUGGACAAGGUUUUGCAUAUGACAGUCUGCCUGUCGGACAGCCAGCUCCACCUCUUCCUUCAGACCCAGCUGCCUGUUGGCCAUAUCCUGGACUGUGUGCAGGGCCUCACCCCCUACACGGUCACAGACGCCAUCCUCACCUACGCUUCCUCCAAUCAGGGCUGGGUCCAGGAAGAGGACAGCGAGACACAGGAGCAAUGCCCAUCUCCUGUUCCUUAUGAAUCCAUGGAGAGCCCUUCUCCCCACAUGCCAUCUUCUCAGUGUGGGGCACCUCCUACUCUCCCAACCAGCCAGGAAGCUGCUGCUGCUGCUGCUGCUGCUGCCGUGGCUGAUUCUGUGACUGUGGAUGUCCAUAAUGUGAACUUUGUGGAACUAACAGCUGACACUCAGAGUGAGACGGCCCACGAGGGGGAGAGUCAUGUGGACAGAGCCCCUGCGGGUGACAGUCACAUGGAAGCCUUAGUGGAGGUUCAUCCCCCAGGUGCUGAUUUGGGAAUUGUUGACCAGGAAGAUGCUAUCAAAGAGGGGGAAGCCACUGAUGGAACACCGCAGGGUAAUGGAGGUGUUGAGGACACAGCUCUGGAAGCUGUUGACCCAGAGGAGAGACUUUUGACAGAGGUUAGGCUUGUUGAGGAGACUGUAACAGAUCAACAUCAAGAGGACACCUUGGAAGCCAUCCUUGAGGAGACUGUUGAGGGAAGGGUUGACUGUCAGGGAAGUGCCUUGGAAGAACAAAAGGAGAUGGAGACAGUGACAUUGGAAGUGACCAGUGGAGACACAAUGAAUGUAGAACUCUUCCAAAAGGAAGACAGCUGUUUAAAUAGCGCUUCUGAAAAUGACAGUUUUGUUUUAGAGUCACCUGUGUGGCCACCGAGCCUGGCAGAGCCAAGCCGUGACAGUGGCGUCAGUGAAGAGGAGAGCUCACAAGACAAUAGUGAAAAGAGCGCAGUGAAGAAUGGACCAGUGGAGGAACACACUGAAGACGAAGGCCAAAAUGAUGAGGAUGAAGUAGAGGUAAGCCCUCUCGAGAAGCAAAGCCCUGUACAGACCGAUCUAGAUGGCAGCAUGGGUAUGGAAAAGGCUGAAGAGGAGGACACUACUGACGAGAUUCUGCAGAGUGUCCACCUCCAAAGUCUGGACCACCAUGAAGAGGAGAGCGGUGAGACCAACGGGUUGAUGUCCAACGGACACCACAGUGACGGCUCAGUGACGAGUGCCAUUGAAGAUUCCACAGAGGAAGCCCCCGACUGUGGCCUCAUUCUUCAGCCAUGUCAGGAGGUAGGCAAAACCAUCAGCACCGACGUGAUUGAGUCCCUAGUGUCAGACAGCGCUGAGGACCGUACAAAUGAGGAAGCGCCCCUUGAGGGCCGUGACCUCAAAGGUCAAACCUGCCAUGAUCAGACUGGACGCCUUUACACUGAUCUCACUGUGUUGAAGGACGUUGAAGAGGAACCCCAUGGAAUUGCCACUCAAGAGCAGGAAGUCAAUCUAAUCAACCACAUGGAGGCCACGCCGUGAGUCAUGCUAUUCUAAGGGAUGUUAGUCAGCAUUCACAUUAACCAGAACACUGUGGUAUGGAAGGUCACUCUUUAAGGAGUCUCAGGGGCUGAUUGCCUGGCCCAUACUCACUGCAUCACUAAAUUGAGCCAUUUUGUGUUUUUUUUUUUUUUUUUUUACUUUACAAGGUCCUACACCUUUGAACAUAGACAGACAUUGUGGUAAAUAUGACCCUUCAGGAGAUGCACCCAUCACACUCUUGCUGCACUGUGUUGUCACAGCUCUGUUUGCGGACUGGGUGUCUGAGAGUGAAUUCUAUUUUUGUUUGCAGCCUUUCAAUAUUUGAAAUUGACAGUGGCUUGGCAGUUUAAGGGAAAAGCACUGAUCACACUUCAUAUGAAAGAUGUAAUACACUGGCUAUGAAGGUUGAGCUUAAAAUAUUUCAUAGAAGGUCAUGUUAUACGUGAUAUGCCUGGCAGUUACGUAUGUGUAAUGUGCAUAACUGCUGAAAAAACUAAAUGAGGAGCAUAUGAACAAAGCUUGCAUCUUCUCCUACUAGCUUCAUCUCUUUAGCAGCAUGCACCACCAUGGAAGCACCAGCCAUGCAAAUUAGAGUUAUGUGACGCAUACUGUCUGUGGGUUCUCAGGAUAAGACACGGUCAAUGACAUGUGGAAUGCAAGUCAGUAUUGAUGUGUCGCAUGGUUCAGGUGUUGGUAUGCUACACUAUGGCUCUGAGGAUAUUGCAUCAUGCUUCUGAGGACUUGUAAUGGUUUUAGUGAAGAAAAAAAAAACUGGAUAAUUUCAGGUAAGGGACCUAGUCAUAUGAGCGUUCCACUUCCAGUAUGCUUCCCCUUGAAAUUCCUUCAAAUGAACAUGGUGGAUUACAUCCCCUAUAAAGGAUUAGUUUCAAGUAUGCACUUUUAGCUCGUUUGAAAAUGUUCACCUUCUUUAAAUGUAGACAUGUUUGGUAUCCAAUUUUGGAUUUUAAUUUUGCACUGGUAGUACAAGACUGGUUAGCAACACAUAAUGCAAUAUGCAAGCUGAUAUUAUGCUUUAUUUUCUUCACUUGGCACUACGUCAGACCAUUUUUUUGCACAUUUCUUGCAGUUAACAGUCUGUUAAGCAGUUUCAGAAUCUAUAACUCAACAUUAUGCUCAGUGGUUAACGCUCUGCUAACCACUGAGCUUUUUGUUUUGCCAAGUGUGUUAGCUAGCGCACAACUGAAGGCGCAAAGCUCUGACACCAAAUAUGUGUUUUCUGAUCGUGUGCAUCUAAGGUGUGUGAGAAAAUUGUUGUAAUUAGAUUUUUUUAUGAACUAUUCCUUUAACCUCAGUAAUAGGCAGGUGCCUAAGAGUAUGUCUGGGUAAGGCCUAUAUAUUUUCUCCUCAGACUCAGCUGUGGUUGUUUUGUGAUGCCAACACUAUUUAGAGGAGGAUUAAGUGUCAGUUGGCCGCCACAUUCCAUUUCAUUGGCAUCUGGCAGUGAAAUCCCUUCCCCUCUUCAUGCAAUCUCAAUUAUUUUAACAGUAACAUGUUAUUUUUGUAAAGAUUUAUUUAGUUUCAAUUGAAUUUUUUUUGUCACUGGUCAUUUUUUAUGUGAUUAUUCAAAACUAAGAGUUAUUACUCUAUUUUAAAUGCUUUUAGUUUAUAUUUAAAUUGUCAUUUAUGAUGUCUGUUUUUCACUGUCAUUGCUUCUAAUGAACAAGGAUUUGUAAGGGCCAAACAUGCCAAUCUGUAAUUGGUUUGUACAAGGGAACUUUGUUUUUGCCAUUUUCAUGUAAAGUAUGUCUUGUCUUGAUAAAUAAAAAGUUCUUAUGGAUUGUGAAA